AAACGAGUCGAGCUUAUGUGCCAUAUUCUCUGGCCAUUCACAGAGAAUGCUUGGCAGGUGCAUAUUCCUAACGGCGACAGUACUAGUGACGCAUAGCGACGAACUCGCUCCUUUUCGCGUUAGCCUCAAAAACGGCGGUAGCGCCGUUGCGGACGUACUAUCUCUCUCACCAUCCACCAUCUCCCUGGCACUUGUCGUUGCACAUGACGGCUCAACGACAGGCCCGCCUCUACCGCAAUGCGCAUCGCGGGGCUCGUGCAAGGAUGAAACGUGAUUUAUACCAGUAAAUUUGGGCAGCCGAUCCCCGACCCUGCAUGAGUUUUCAUGCCAUCGAAGUUAUCGUACGCGCUAACGAAGGUGAAUA